UGACGUAUAGGCCAUUGUCGUCAUAUUUACACGGGGCAAUGUUUGAAUAUGCUGCCUUGGAGCAGGUAGAUGAAAUGCUACGGAGCUCAGUGUGAAACUGCGUACCCGCCCGUUGUUGCGUAACAGGCGUGCCAGGCGAUAAGUUGGUAGGUAUAGGCGAUCGUGUUUAUCCGCUUGUGCGGAAAAUAUGCGAGGGAGGGAGCGAUCUGGAGAGAGAUGGAGCGGUUGGAGGGGGCGUACAUCUCACUUGCUCAUGGCUGGAGAAGCUGGCAGCGCUACAAGGCUGCUGAGCGCGACCUUUCUCUAUCCGUAGAGGACCACUUUCACCUCCACUACCGGAGGCUGUAUCCUGAGGAGAAUAAGCACUGAACCGGAACGUUUUCUUCUUCUUCCUCCUCUUUCUCGCUAUGUCCUAGUCCUUACAUCCUGCCGCAGCGGACGAAAUCGGAGAGGAACCGCACAGACUUGCAGUGAAAGGAUGGUGCAACAAACGAAGUGAGCAUUCCAGAGGGAUCAUUGCUGCUCACCACUCCAAGGCAGACCAUGGCUCUUAUGUCCCUCCUGUUGCUGGCUUUCCUCCUCUCCUUCAUUCAUUUUUCUGAUGCCCAGACCAUUAUUGACUCCUCCUCUUCUUUUUCUUCUCUGGACCUGCCUAGCAAUUCUUCACCUGAACCAACCAAGCAGACUUUUCGCUUCUGGCCAUCUUUGCCCCCCAGAGGGCGCAGUGAUGUUCCCAUCAGAGUUACAAUCCAUGAUCAAUUAAUGACUAUGAACACAGUUGAACAGGGGCAAAGACUGACCCGUCCCACGACGCAGCUCAGUCCUUCUUUUAUAUCGAACCUUACUAUGCAGAAUCUUAGCAGAGGGCCAACACAACCCCCUGCCUCCAGGCCCAGGACUGACACGGCUAGUUUAGCAUUUACCAGGGCUUUUGGGAGAGACGCUGCGAAAAAACACCCAACUCCACCUCUGCCCACUUUCCCCUCCGCUGCUGUCGCUGAGCCUGCAGAUGAAAAGUCAGUGACAGCCGGGAUUCCAGGUGAUACACUGGACAACGAGACAGAGGAUGGAGAUUCGCAAGGAUUGGGAUCGGGUAGAACUCCUGCUGUGGCAUUUGUGAAGAAAGAAUCCCCUGGUCCUCUGCCAACAGUUGGUGAUGAAAUGGCACAGUAUCGCCCACAGGCACAAACAAUGAUAUCCAAAGUUACUGAUGCAAAAUCCCAACCACUUGAUGAUCAGACUGUUAAGCCUCCCCUGUUUCUGUUGACUACAACCGGUAUGACUAGUACAGUUUCUACAACUCUGCAUCCUGAGACAAAAACCACACCAUCUCCUGUUGUAACACGACAAACUCCUCAGACCGUGAAAUUAACAGGUAACCUGGGAGCAAACAAUCCAAAGCAAGAUUCUGCUGCCUUGACAUCCCCCCAGCCCACAGCUAACACCGCCGGCUCUACUGAUAAACCAUCACAAGCUGCAGGACAGCCUGUUAUGGCCCAAAGCCAGACAACUUUGCAUCCAGACACUUCAACUCUACAGGUGACCCAAACAUCUACAACAGGUGUGCCAAGUACUACGCCGGAGGCUGUUAGGACAUCCUCCAAAAGAAUACAACCAGGAAAGCAUGCAGGAGGCACCACUGUGCAGUCUUCAAGGGCAGGGGCACCCUCCGUCCUGAUCACCACUGUUGUUCCUGUCAUACGAUCAAGAUUCAGCCCCACAUAUCAGGCUGGUGUUGGUCAACAGAACCGCUCUCUUCUUCUGGAACAUCCUCAACAAGCACCCCAUUCCACUUUUAAUCCAGUCCCCUCACCCAGUGUUAAUCCGUCCCCUAAUGGCACCCUUCUUUACUGGGGUGAUUUGAGCCGGACGCUGGCUUUUGCCUGGGAACUGCACGUCUAUGGCUCAGCAAGCCUUUUCCUCCUCCUGUUUGCAGGAGCUGCUCUCGGCCUCACUCUCUCCCCUGGCACAAACUGUCCUCACCGAGGUGCUCUUGCACUUGCCAAUGCUCUGUUGUUUCUAGUUGGAGGCCUUAGGGCAGCCCUCUUUUUCAUUGACCCUUAUGGCACAAGAAAAUUCCUUCCUCACCCUGCAGUUACAGCCCUCUACAACCUGCCUCUACACCUGUUGGUGUGGACUCAGGCAACUUUGGCACUUCUGGCAUUGAGGGUGGCUGGAGUAAGUGUGUUACCUUCAACUUUGGAGCGUCCUCCCUUGGUGGCUGUGCUGACUGUGCUACAAUGUACGCUGUUGUUGGCUGCUGAUCUGCUGUCUCCUGCCCUGUCUCCUGUGGUGCCUGUCACACUACAGAUCCUGUCUCUAUGUUGGGGUCUGGCUAUCUGUUUGGGCUUCCUCUGCUAUGUAUUUCCACGUAUACGCUGCCCUUCUAUUCCCCAUCAUGGAGUCCCCGAAGAGCCCAGGAGGAAGUCUUGGACUGGAAGCCGGAGACUUGGAGUGAUUCUGGGAAGAGUGCUGGCAGUGUGUGCAGUUCUCGGGGCAUUGUGUUGUGGGUUGCAUGCCCAUGCUACCUUGUGGCUCUAUGGACUCUUAGGAGACUGGAAACGCUUUAACUGGGGAUGGUGGCUGGUGCACUUUUGGGCCCGUCUCCUAGAAUUGGCCUGGGGGUUUUCCCUUCUACUCCUGGGUUCAUGGGUGUUCUGGAGGCCUACAGGUUGCAAGAGAAGGGAGGAAGGAGGACAAGAUAGCAGAGCAGCAGGAGAUCUUCCUUCUCCUGGCCAGUCUGUUGGCUCAACUCAAAGACAUACGUGCUGGUCCAAGAUAGUGCAAAGCCUGAGGGGGAAGCCCUGCAGAAAGUCUGACAGUAAUGGUUUGGGGGGAGGCGGAGGAGGUACUGGAGAGGUACCAAACAACUGGGCUGGCCAGGAACGUCCUGGAGCUGAUAUCAGCAAGAGUCUUAUUAGGAACCAGAACUAUGAACAGAAUACUGCCCAGCCACGCUCGGUCAAAGACAGUAACCAUGGACGCAACCACAGGGGCCACUCUGCAGAACGAGGCCUGUCUCAUGGUUCCACGGGCUCACUGCUAAGACUGCAGACACUGGGCCAGCCCCCACAGCGCUCAGUGAGUGGCAGUUUGGAUCAGGACAGAGAUACUUCCCUGUCUUUCUAUGAGUUUGAUCUACGGCCGCCAUCCCCAAUUGACCUAACUCGCAGCAUUGACGAGGCCCUGCACAGAGAACACCUGCUUGGAGGAGGGAGUCUUUUUCAUCCACUCAACCAAAUUUCACAGUCCCCUUCUCCAGGCUCAGGAGUCAGCCAGGGGCCCUGGCUCCGCAGGAACAGUGACCCUCAGCUGCUAUCAGAGAGCAGCGAGGCUCCAACAGAGUCCUCCAUGCCACUAGGGGGCAGUGUUCUCAGUAGUGUGCCCAGCAGGCAGGUUACUGCUCCCCCCACACCAUCUCAUCAGGGUCACAGGUGGGUGGGGAAUGGGGGAGUAAAUGUACCCUCUUCAGUGUCCUGCCCAGUGUCACUUCACCCCUCCAGAACAUCGACGGGACAUUUGGGGGACGACGGAGUGGAUGACACACGACCGUUUAUCACCCCAGACUCUGAGAGAGUGAGAGGGAGAGGUGGGAGGCCAGCGGGAUCACGGAGUUACCUGGAAGUCAGUCGACGUGACGAUUCUGCCAGUGUCAGCAGUGAAAUUAUUGACCUUUGAACCAAACCUUGGACAUUAGGACCAAUGACUGCACAGCAAACACACCCAUUUAACAAUACGGUUCCAGAUCAAAACUUAGAUAAACACCAGGAUAAUUUAAAAACAAAAAAUACAGUCAAUAUAAAGAGGAACACCCCCAAAAGAAUCAUCUAGUUGCCUUUUACCUUGUUCAAGCGCUUACCAACUUGGGAUGUAGUACAGCUAUUUCCAUAUUUUAUUGGUAGAUAUAACAGAUAUCAGAGCAUACUGACCACUCUUUACAUCUCAUUUUGUCACACAUCAUCUCACUUUUUUCCCCCAUAACACUAUUAUAACUCAUAUCAUACGCUGGGACCAGAUGGACUUAUAUUUCAUGAGAAAGAAUUAUCCAGAUAUGUGCUUGUUAUGCUUAAAAUUUGUGACAGUGAUGAAUUUCACUCUACCAUAAUGUACAAAAUACAUAAAAUAGGUUUAGAUCUUCAUCAUUGUUUCUGUGGACAAAAUUGUCUCCAUAUCAUGGUUUGUGGAUUUAAUUGCAUACAUCAAGAUUAUUCUGUUUGCUUUCGUGAUGUAAAGAUGUGCCAUUCAUAAUCACUGUCAGUUCUGUUGCUGUUUUCUCUUUAGUGUCUGUAUAGUGAUUCAGCUGCAGAUAACAAUCAUCUAAACUUUUAUCUUGCAGCUGAUGUUGUACUUGUCAAGUUUGCCUUGUACUGAAAAAGAAGUUACGUAAAGAUACAGGCAGUAAAUGAAACCAGAGACAACUCACAUGCUGAUGCAUGUGAAUAUGUGAAACUGCUGCUGAGGAUAUUAGCAUUUGAUUGAAUUGUCAGACAUCAACACCAACUUCACAUGUGAGUUUAAUGCAUUUUAUCAUGUGAACUUGCUGCAGGACAAAAGCUUUUGAGAUUAAUAAGGUUGCAUUAUUGAUGCCUCUGACUGCAUUUUUUUUUCUUUGCAGAUUUUGAUUCACAAUAUUAAAGUUAUUGGUUAAUCAGUUCAAACGGUUUGAUAUAUAAUUACGUAUUACACAGAUUCGCAGGGCUGCAGCACACAGACUGGCUUGGCAUGAACCUCAGAUCUCUUAUAACAGAGCACUUAACUGUACAUCUAGACUGAAAUAUUUUACUACUCAAGAGGAAGAUAUCUAUCAAAUAUAUGAUGUUUAAGUAACAAUGUAAAUACUCAUAUUUUUUAUGUUUACGAAUAAAGUUGUAUUUGAAACAUAGUCAUAGUUGUUACUGUGAAAGACAAUCUAAAGUGGUAUUGCUUAUCUGUCUGAGCUGUGCAGACAGCUUUGCUGUUUUGAUGUUAGAUUAUGGCCUGUCUAGGACAUGAAGCGCUGUGACAGUUGACACUUCACCGCGAAAGUUACGUCAAAGAUUUUCUGGGCUGUGCUCAGGACUGUGAUAAUGAUGCUGUUUUUACACAGUGUGCAGUUAAUGGUCAGUAUUUAAUGGAUUUGAAAAAGUGGCAAAAUGCUUUUGUGGAACCCUGUGUCCUACUUUAUUAGAAAUUUUGUCCUGAACGUAGCAUUGUGGUUCCCUCCUCAGUCAUGCAUUACGAAGGUUUUCUUCCAACAUGAGUUAUCCGUCACUAAAAAGAAGAGAGCCCAACACCUCUAUUCCUGUUGGAGCCUGUGCAUUACUCCUCUGGGUAACUUGCAGUACGUCUUAGUGAUGUAAGAUGUUUGUCUUGUUUAGUAUUUACAGUUCAACAACCUUUUGAAGCUUUUUACAUUCCAGUGAACCUCAAUGAUUUCAGUGUAUCAUUAUUCACAAACACCAGUUUUACCAUGUGGCCACUGUUCCUUUAAUACCUGUAGUGUUGUCCUCAAAGCAGCACGUGCCAUAGGAAUCGUGAUUAACGUACCCCCAUCCCGUCUUGUCACCUUGCAGAAGUACAGUGUUAGUUUCAUUUGUUUACUUUGACCAUUGAACCUUUGCCCAUGUUUCUUGCUGCAAUUCACAUAUCUGGUUUCAAAUAAAAACUACAAAACUUGAAA